GUCCUCUCUCUUCACCCAGACAGCCAGAUCAGCCACUCUCUUUGGCGCCCAUGCCACGACGUCGGUCGCAAGGCCAGGAUUAAAACAGACUCGGCCUCCAAAAGCUCAAGGCAGCGGUGGAUGCUUCUCACCAGGGCCUGCCAACAUUUUGCGUGGUGCGUGGUCGGGGCUUGCUAAUAGCAGCCGCGGAGGGCAGCUGCAUAUUCCACACCUGAUCCGUACACAUCUCAUUUUGCCCGCCCUACUCUGGCCCUGGGCUCUUUGGAGACAUUACGGAGUAUACUAGUCCUCUCUGGCAGACUCGGCCACUUGCUGACUCGAGUCGCGGCUGUUCACCCUCAACUUAUUUACCCGCACACCUGCAUGCAAACUUGCAUGCGUGCAACAACCAAGCACACUUACUACUACUACUAGUCUAUUCCUCGCACCGUAUCCCUCACCAUUUCAAUCUGACUUUUGACUUGAUCCCAAUCGCAUACAAGUACAAAUCCAAUCAGGACGGUAUGUAUUGCGCAUCUCCUCAAGUCUACCGCACUUUGCUACUCCCCGUCUGUUUCUACAGCCUCGCAGGCCUUGUCAAUGAUGCGCAAUGGUAAAAGGUCGGACUGUAAUGCUCUUCUGGUUUCGUUGGUUGCCUCAGCCCUACCCGUCUUAAAAUCCUGUUUCCCGUCUUGUCCUCGCCAGAGGCCAUCGUCACCCAGCAGAGCCACAUGUGUUCCCGCUUUGCUGCUGUCGAGCUGGAUGCACAUCAACACACUAUACCGCUUAUCGGAGCCCAGCCUUACACUGCUCCCAUGAGGCCGGGCCAAAGGCUGCGCGUAAACAAUCUACCCACCCACACAACCCACCACUUAGUCACUCACUCUCUCUCUCUCUCUCUCCCUCUCUCUCCUCUCACCCACCUCAACCCGCCCCGCCACCUAUUCCCGGCUGGGCCAACUCCACGAAGCCGUCGUCGCACGCAGGGUGACGACUAUUUCAAGACUGAAAAGAUCUGAGACGCCUGCCUGCUUGUCUGCCUCAAUUGGCAUCACUAUUCUGUUCACACAUUGGUCGAUGGAUAUCUCGUGCUAAUCGGGACAUGGCUAGCCGUCACGUCCACCCCAAGCUGAGCUCAUCAGGGCCUCGAUGCAUCAUCUGCGACGGUCCUGAGCAGGUCGACAAGGCGGCCGUCGCAUGCACCGAGUGCAUGCGACACUAUCAUCGUGCGUGUGUCCAUACCGUUCUCCACGAUCGUACCAGCUUCACCUGUGCGCGGUGUCUCGACAGGAACCAUGGGAUUGGGAUCCAGGCAAGGCGUACAUCAAACACCCAAAGUAGAACAGCACUCUCGCCCCCUCCCACAUCGACCGCCGACAUGUUCGGAUCCUCGAGUAAUCCAUUCCUGCCGACCGCUGAGGACAGCCCCGCGGUGACAAAGGCAAGGUGCAAUGCCCCUGGCUGCCAAGAACUUGUCGCUAGUGGCUACCCAGCAUGUCACUUUCACAUGCAGCCUGUCUCCCCGAAGUUGUCAAAGAUUUUGGACACCCAGCAUUGGACGGGCGCCAUGCAGGUCAACGGGCGCCUCUCGGAGGGAGCACCGCAUCACCGGAAGCAACUGGACGCAAAAAUCACCGCCAGGAAGUCCAUUGCGGCCAAGCCAGCCUUCUUGCUUACGGCCUCCAGGACAAACGGCACAAGGCUCAAUGGUAGCAGCCAGCCUACAGUGAACCGGGUAGUUACUAACGGCUCGCAUCUCUCGCCCAACUCCUCUCUCCUUCCACAGAGACAUCCUGGGUCUCCUGAGACCCCAUCAAGAAAGAGACAGCGCAUGACAUCACCCGUAAACGACAAGUUCAGCCCCAGGGUCUCGCAGCGGAACUUUGAUUUGCCAUCGAGAGAACGGAGUCCCGCCUACGCCAGUCUUCCAGUCCGCAAUUUUGGGUCACCUCUACCAAAUGGUAGUGGUGGCCUCUUGUAUUCAGACAAAGAUAAAGGGAGAGUGCCAGGGCAUGCUGCCCCACUGGAUACGAGCAAUGCUCAACAGCCACCGAGUGAAAUGAGUUUUGAUACCGGGCCUGCUGCGUCUCCUCUUAGAAGUGCAAACAGCAACGACGCGCGGAAGCCUGGACUGGUGGGCUCGUUCACAGAGCCGGUAACUUUUAGCCACCCCGACUGGCGCUCUCCAAGCGCGCGCAACAGCAUAGCCCCUGAGAAACAAGGCCGUGGGUCGGCCUCUACAAAGGCGAGAAGGAGCAAAAAGAUUGCGAAAUCCGCUUAUGGAGGGCUGAAGCCGGUGGUACGGACUACGCCGCUUGAGAAACAACGACAGCGUCUGACGGAAGUCAACGAUACUUCGGCUCUAGACAGAUUCAUAUACGGACAGGAGGGUUCUUCUCAGCCACCACCGGGAGUAGUGGCAACGGCCGAGCGCGGGCCGUCGAAGCGCGAAAAUGUCUUUUACGGACACAUAGACCCGCGAACACAUUGGACACGGCCUCGAUCUGAUGAAUGGUACCAGAAGAAGGAGGAGGAGAUCCAGGCCCGUGGGGGACGCAAAGCCAACUUGGGAAGGGCAGCGCAACGGAUGAGAGAACAGAGACUGAAGGAGAAUCCUGGUGAAUGGGAAGAGACACUGCCAGAGCGCGUCCGUAAUGACGAGGCGUGGCUCGGUGCGAUGAGAUAUCAUCGCAGCCGGACACACGGUGCCGGGUCAAACCAGCCGCCUCGGGCUAGUGAACAACAGCCCCCGGUCAGGAAGAAGCGCAAGUACACGAGGAGAAACCAGGUCGUGGCACCACCAGUCCCGCCGGAAUCGUCUGGCACAGCCUCCCAUGUAAACGCGGAUUCUGCCAAUUCCGAGCGGGGACCACAGCCAUCGGCAGGCUCCACCAGCAACCAACGGGUGCAGAAAAGGCAAACAGAUCAUUCUUUGGGAGAAUAGCUUUAUGACUACUGUCACAGGUACACCGGGCGGUGAGUUUUUAUUCCGUUUGAAGGGAAUAGUUGUAUAUUAAUACGGCACUGAGAUGGUCUUGAGAUGGUGAUGUGCUGGCGAUGGUCAUCAUGUCUUUUGUAUGUGCCUCUACGUAUUGGGGGCCAUUCAGGAAGACUUGAUGCUGGUGUGAACCUGAAGGUUGCUAUUGGGACUCUGGCAGUGAAGCGUGCCGUAAUUUGGAAAGCGUAGAGCAUAGAACACAGAUAAUCAUGUUGCAUGGAAUAGAGGAGCAGCAGCCAAUUUUCACCAUA